AUGCGCGAACGUGUACGAGCAGGUAUGAACUGGUCUGGUUCCUGUGCUUUUGUGUUCUGUGGCUACAUGUUUGCGACUUCACCGCCAGUUCCAUUGACUCUCGCCAUAGAAGAGGCGAUCUGUUUACACCUCCCUUAUUUUCCAAAUAAAGAAUUCAUGUCGAUAGAGGGAAAGAAAUUUACUUUAAUCCAAGGGACGCUGUCACAGUCGACGUCACGUCACGUUUACGCUCUCUUUUGA